AUGGGUAUCGACAUCGCCCGCCACCACGUCAAGAAGGGGAACCGUACCGCCCCCAAGAGCGAGGAUCCGUAUCUCCUCCUCCUCGUCAAGCUGUACCGCUUCUUGGCCCGCCGCACGGAUUCAUCAUUCAACAAGGUCAUCCUCCACCGACUCUUCCUCUCAAAAAUCAACCGACCUCCCAUUUCCCUUUCCCGCAUCGUAAAAGAGACGUCAAGCACACCCGAUCGCGACUCGAAGAUCAUUGUCACCGUCGGGACUGUGACUGAUGACAUCCGCUUGUUGGAGGUUCCCAAGCUCACAAUUGCCGCCCUCCGAUUCACGCGUGCUGCCAAGGAGCGCAUCCUGAACGCCGGCGGUGAGGCAAUCACCCUCGACCAGUUGGCCACCCGCGCCCCAACUGGCGCCAACACCGUCUUGCUCCGUGGCAAGAGGAACACCCGUGAGGCCGUCAAGCAUUUCGGUAUGGGCCCACACAAGGCUGUCAAGCCAUACACCAUCUCCAAGGGUCGCAAGUUCGAGCAAGGUCGUGGUCGCCGAAAGUCCCGUGGUUUCAAGGUCUAA